UUCUUGACAAGCAAUAUAUAGUAAUCCGUUAAACAAACAUCUUAAAUCUGGAAAUCUUUAAAAAAUUCAGUAAAUUUAAGGCAACAAUCGUGCAAAUAUGUUCAGAUUCCUAUGUGUUUUGAUUGUUUUCCUGGCUCCGGUUGAUAGUUACAAUGACCUGAAAUGGAGUCUACGAAAACUGAAGAGAUAUAUCAACUGCCAGGACAAGGUAUACAAGUCAAGUGAGAGAAUUUCCCGCGACUACUGGAUACUGGAGAACUACAUCAAGGCCGAUCAUGGUCCGCUCUCAUGCUAUGCCAAUGUCACCUACACCACACACGCAGACUAUAGAUAUUUGGACAAUGUGGUUCCUCUCCUGAAGCGAUGGCGUUCUCCCCUCAGCCUGGCUAUCUAUGCCCCGGAGGAUUUCGAACCCACCCUGAGGAGCAUUCUCUACCUGCUACAAUGUCAUCCUGGAAGGCACUUGGUUCGCGAGCUGACCAGUUUCCAUUUGUUCUUCGAUGUCCUGCUCAUGCCCAAGGUGUUGCCCACGGCAAAGGUGGCUUUGUCCAGGCAAAUGAAUUGCAGUGCUCCAGCUCCGUAUGUGAAUGUGAGAAAGAUGGACUUGUACAGGUCGCGGAUCAAGUUGAAUUAUCCUGUGAACAUGGGACGCAAUAUAGCACGCGAUGCCUCGCUCACACACUUUGUCCUGGCCUCGGACAUAGAGCUAUAUCCCUCACCCGGUUUAGUGCCAGCCUAUUUGCGCUUCUUAAGUCUUUCGGUAAUUUCAAGACCCCAAAUAUUGUACACAUCUCCAGUGGUCCAUGUACUACGCAUCUUUGAGGUAAUGCCCAAUGUUUCGAUACCCAAUACCAAGCGGAAAUUGCAGGAAAUGGUAUACGCCAAAAAAGCUGUGCCAUUCCAUUUGGAAAUCUGCGAGGUCUGUCAUAGUGGACCAAAGCUGAUGGAAUGGAUAUAUGCUUCAAAUAUUGACAUGGAGUAUCUAAAUGUGUUCAAUGUGGCUCGACGUUUGUCACCGUAUGAACUAUGGGAACCGAUCUUUAUAGGCACCGUCAGGGAUCCCCCGUAUGAUGAGCGACUGAGCUGGGAGGGGCAAAGGGACAAGAUGACUCAGGCAUAUACAAUGUGUGUCCUUAACUACACAUUCCAUAUCCUGGAUAAUGCCUUUCUGGUACAUAAGCCAGGUAUUAAGCGUUUGAAGAUGGAUGCACUGAACGAUGCCCAGACCCAAAAGAACGAUGAUCUUAUCAAUGGAAAGAUUUUCAGGGAAUUGGAUAUCAUCUAUGGUUCACGAAGAGGUUGCCUACUUUUAUAAAGUGUAAUGUUUACG